AUGCGGCUCGGAGUCGGGCCGCGGCGGGAGGGAGGAUGCUCCAGCCCGAGUCCCGAGAGGCCGGGGUGCUGCGCUGACGGCGUCGGGGUGAGUAGCGGCGGUCCGGCGGCUUGUGAGCCCGCGCGGCCUCCGUCCGCCUCCUCAGCGCCUCAGGCGAGCGGCCGCGGCCCCGGGUGCCCCGAAGGUGCGAGCUCCGGUGGCUUCCUCCGCCUCAGCCGCCGCCUGCUUCCGCGGGGUAUCGGGCCGCAGACCCGGCGUGGGGCCGGGGGUGGCCUGAGGAGACACCGGGCCCUGUGGGAGCGGCGGGCGGCGCGAGGAGCCACCCCCGGCCCCGCCGGCGCGUCUGAGAAAACGCGGUCCCGGGGGUUGCGGCCGCCUCUGAGAGAAAGCGGUGCCCCAGAAACGACUGCGGCGAAUCGCAAACGUCUAGACACCGGAGCGAUUGGAGUAGUGCACCCCCUGGGACCCAGCUCUCGGUUCCCACAGUAUUCGAGCAGUGUGCAACAGUUCCUUGAAAGAUUUUUGAAGAAAAACACAAUUUUGCUUUCUUCAUGGUUGGGCUGUGCCACUCAGGCUUUGACCGGGUCCUCGCAGGGCAUUCGGUGGGUGAGCAUCUGA